UGCACGACCCUGCCACCAACAGAUACUUGCUCAAGACGUUCAUCGGAACGCAGAAGCUCGAGUUCCUGUCGGAGAACUUCCUUCGUAAAGUGAGAGCUCACUUUGGCGAGAAGGUUGGAUACUAUUUUGCCUUCAUGGACUUUUACAACAAGUUCCUGGUCCCCAUUGCGUUGCUAGGCGUGCUCCUGACAUGUGUGCGUGGUGUCAUGGGUACGCCCAUGUAUAUGCGCGUGCUGGUGGGCUGGGCCGUGCUGAUCUCAGUGGUGUGGAGCUACUGGUUCCUGAAGGCCUGGUCUCGCCGCAACAACGAACUCAAUCACAUGUGGGCGAACAACAUCGAGACCAACACGAUUGUGUAUCGUAACCCGAAGUUCAGUGGAGACGCCUUUGUGAAUCCGGUAACUGGCUUGCCUGACCAGUACUACCCGAGCUGGAAACGGUAUCCAAAGUAUCUAGCCGUGGUCACCUUCAUGAUUGUGCAGAUAUCCAUCAUGAUGUUCGUGAUUGCGAUUUGGAUCACCGCGUUCGAGGUGCUCAAGGUGCGCUACCCCGACCGAGGACUCUUUUCGGCACAGUGGUUCUACAUCCUAGGCGGUGGUAUACUGUAUGGACUGUUCGUCGAUAUUAUCCAGUGGAGCGUUAUUGUCACGAAGGCCGCACGAAUGUUCACUGAGUGGGAAAACUGGAAAACCAUCGAGCAGUUCGAGAAGUCUAUGAUUCGCAAGCUGUUCCUCAUGGACUUCCUCAACUACUACACGUGGUUCUUCUUGCUUGCGUUCGUGUACGUGAUCCCCGGUGCCGGUGACACCAUCACCAACUUCCUCAACACCCUGAUUUGGAAGGACCCAGCCAAUUGCUGCUUCGGACCGUAUAUGGACCGCUCGGGCUCGUAUUGUGACUCUUGUCCACCUGCGUGGAAUGAGAUGGGAAUCCGUGAAACGCGCUGCAUUCCGUGCCGUGGGUGGGUAACGUUCGAUAUCAACCACCUCGACCUGGAGACGCUUUUCCUCACGCCCAUUAUUAUCACCCAGCUGCUGAACUUGCUCAUUGCAGUGGCCGUCCCGUGGAUCCACCGUAAGCACUACGAGCAGCGCCUCCGUGGCACGGACCGCAAAGUCAUGGCUAUGGUCAAGGCGCAAGGGGAGCGGCGUUUGCUCGCGGAGAUGUCUUACCGAAACGAGGACUCUGACAACGCGCGCAACAAUCAAAACACGCCCAACCGCGGUGAUACCGCUGCACGGAACAGCGCUAACCUUGCGCACCUAUUGAAUCGAUCGUCGGCCCGGUAUCUUGAGAACAGCGAGCGGGAAGUGGAGCUGCUCAAUGCAAAGGCGCGUGCGAUUCUGUUCGAGAGCGAGCAGGAGAACUACGACCCGUACGAUGACUACCAUCACAUGACGGUGCAGUUCGGCUUCGUUGUCAUGUUCUCGAUGCUGUGGCCGCUCAUGCCUGCCGCCUGCAUGAUCGUGAAUGCCUUGAAGACCCGCGGAGAUGGAUUCCGUCUGUGCCGAACCAACCGACGGCCGUUCCCCCGCAAGGCCAGCGGCAUCGGCGAGUGGCUCAACAUGCUUCACGUCCUUGCUCUGACUGGUGUGAUUGUCAACAUCGGGCUGAUCUUCAUUUCCACGGGCGCCAUGGAGUUCUACUCGCCGUCUUGCUCCAAGCAGAUUUCGUACGCCAUGGGUGGUGAUUUCUCGCACUACCGCUUCGGUCCGGACUUUGCCUGCUUCUCGCUCACCACACGCAUGGUCAUGAUCCUCGUGAGCGAACACCUCUCGCUGCUCUUGAUCUGGUCUUUCUGGAAAAUCAUCCGCAGCGUUCCAGCGAAGGUCCAGCUCGACAUGCUGCGGCAGGAGUACGCGUUCAAGUCCAAGCUGUACCAGCGCGCGUCCAAGCAGGCGAGCACGACGGCAGCUUCGCUGGCAGCUUUUGCGGCGCAACCAGCUCGUGGCAACUCGCACAGCAUGUACAACACUGCCACGGUGACGGUGGUGAGUGGGCCGACGACGCCUGUGGGGACCUCUCAGCGCGAUGGUGCUUUCGUCGGAUCGAAGGAAGAGAAGGAGCCGCUGCUGUCGACCAAGCGCUUGGCGCACGCCUGGGACUCGGCCAAGUCGCCCGAGAAGCCGCACACGAACAACCAGGACGACGCUUAGCUAUCCGAUGGCGUCACCCGAAAGAAAAUCUAUCUAUCCGAGUAGAGUUUUGCGUAUUAGCACUUUAGCUGUAGAACGACCAUCGACCAGCACGACCACGAACGCGAAAGAUGCAAAGUUGAACUGCAGCUCCACUAAAUAACGCGAAGGUUACUUCGCUUUACCACUUGCGGGAUGCGCAACAUGCUACGCGGGAUAAGUCUCUGCGUGGCUCGGUCUCCAGACGCCGGAAGAAGUUGCCGCCAGCUGGCUAGCUCGGGCAUGGUUGUCAUUGUGCCUCGUACGUGGUGGACUUUGGUGUCUGAUCGCAACACUUCUGCCGUAAAAUCGCCCCAUACAUUCUCCAAGACGUUUGGGCUCCGUCUCCGUACAUCCAGCUGGUCUCCGCUCUUCCGACUUUCCGAGUUCCUCUGGCGCCGUCAUUCCCCGACUUGCGCUGGAGCGCGCAGUUCCGAGAGAUCAAGAGAGACAGACACCCUCGUACCUACCCAAAGCCAGUCAGUCAGUCAGUCAUGUCCUCCCGCACCCCCGUCAAAGCCCGCGGCGGCGGCUUCGGCCUGGACGCCGAGCUGGCGCGCAAGGCCGCCGAGCGCUACGACUACGACAUGGAGAACGAGGCGCGCGCGUGGCUCGAGAGCAUCUCGGAGAUGCAGAUAGGCGACGACUUCGGCGAGGGCCUGCGCGACGGCGUGAUCCUCUGCACCGUGGCCAACAAGAUCCACCCGAGCGUGGUCAAGCGCGUGGAGACCAAGUCUAAGAUGCCCUUCAAGCUCAUGGAGAACGUGUCGGCCUUCCUCAAGGCCUGCCGCGUCAUGGGCGUGAAUGAGUUCGACCUGUUCGAGACCGUGGACCUGUUCGAGCUCAAGGACCUGGGCAACGUCGUGCGCUGCAUCUUCGCGCUGGGGCGCGCCGUGCAGCGCAACUACCCUGACUUCAAGGGCCCGACGCUGGGCGUCAAGGAGAGCGUCAAGAACCAGCGCUCCUUCACGCCCGACCAGCUUGCGGACGGCAAGAACAUCAUCUCGCAGCAGACGCUCGGUAGCUUCCGCACCAUGAAGCGGUACACGUCGUACCACACCAACAACGUCAUGCUCGGCGCGGACGCGGCCCAGAGCGCGUACCGCGCGCCGCCCCCGCCGCCGCCUCCGUCCAAGGAGAAGAUCGAGCAGCUGUCGCGCUUCCGCAAUGCGGACCAGCUCGCCACGUUCGACUCGCAGCCUGAGGGCGAGUUGUCGCCCAGCGCGAAGCACGUGCCGACGAAGGAGGAGGUCGAUGCGACGGUUGCUGAGCUCUCGGAGGAAGUGGAGAAGACGACCGUGAGCGACGAAAAGGUCGCGUCGUCAAUUCCCGGUCUCAACAGCGUGGCUGCCACAUCGGGCCCCACGGCGGAGGAGGAGGCCCAGGAGUGGAUCGAGGCUGUUCUGGGCGAGAAGUUCCUGGCCAGCUUCGCGGACAGCCUCAAGGACGGCGUGAUCCUGUGCACACUGAUGAACAAGAUCCAGCCCGGUCUCAUCCCGAAGAUCCAGACUUCGACGAUGCCCUUCAAGCAGAUGGAAAACGUCAGCAGCUUCGUGCGCGCGUGCCGCACCAUCGGCGUCGCCGAGUUCGAUCUGUUCGAGACUGUCGAUCUGUACAACCAAAAGAACAUUGCGCAGGUCGUGCAGUGCAUCCACGCGCUUGGCCGUACCAUUCAGAAGACGAUGCCCGAGUACGACGGUCCUCGUCUUGGCGUGAAGGAGUCGACCGUGAACCCGCGUCAGUUCUCGGAGGCUCAGCUGCGUGAGGCCAGGUCGGCAGUCCCUGUGCUGGCUCACGGCAGUCAGUCAGUGAUGGAGCGCCGCCCGUUCGACCACUCCAACUCGAUCACAUUCCGCUACGACACUGCUGCGGCUGCCGCCGCUGCCGCAGAUGCUAGCAGUGAGAAUAAGGCAGAGAAACCCGAGGAUGCGGUAGUGAAGACCGAGCCAGAGCCGAUUGAGACCGAAGCUCCUCAGGAGACCCCUGCUCAGCCAGAGCCUGUGAAGGUCGAAGAAGAAGUUGCCCCAGCACCCGAACCAGAGAAGGCGGACGAUGAGGUCACGCCGUCUCCCGAAGAGAAGGAGGAGCCAGCCAAGUCGACGGGACCCAGCUGGCUAGCUCAGCGGGUGGCAUCCCUUAACUCCGUGAGCACCGGAAGCGCAGCAAAGCCCAACCUACCAGUUGGUGGUUCUUCUACGGCGCUGCCUACGCGUACUGUGUGGAGCUAAGUAGCUUUUGCAAGCGUUGAAAACUCGCGGGGUGCUUAUAGAGUUCCCCGCGAAGAAGCUGCUACGUUUUGCGUGUGUAAGAUAUUCGACGACAGAAGUAGUUCAUGGUGCGUGAUCUUCAUCCUUCGUUUAAUUGAUUCGCUCCGCCAGCGAGCACUUAGCUGUCGCACUCCGGCGUUGAUGUUUUUUUUAAUGCAUUCUCGGCACCUGCGAUCGAUCUAUAGAUUGCUCUGCCAAGGUUUUCAUUCUAUCUCUACAAGCCUGCCACCUCCGUGAGCAAACUCGUGCAAGGUGUGUCGAUGCGCAAUUCGCACAGCUCGUCGGCGCGCGUGGGUCCCAAGUUCACAAUGGCGAUCGGGAUCUUGCGGGCGUGAGCGUGGUUGAUGAGGCGCAUUGCCGAGAACACUUUGAGCGAUGAGCCAACGACUAGCAGCGCGUUUGCAUCACUGACGUACUCCAGCGCUGCCGUUCGUGUGGCUGCCGGCAUGUUCUCGCCAAAAAACACGACCCUAACCAAGCAACAACGGGUCGAGUGUAAGUCAAAUUAAUUUUUUCUACCUCCCCACAACGAGAAACAAGCCGCGUACCUGGGUUUCAUGAGGCCGCCGCAUUUGCUGCACGCUGGGUA